CGGGGCGGCCUGGGCGCGGGGCGGCGAGGCGGCGAGGCGGCGAGCGACGCGGGCUCCUGAGUCAUGGCCCUCCCCCGGCCCCUCCUCUCCCGCGCCCGCGCCGGGCCCCCCCGCAGGGGCUAGCGCGCGCCGCGGCUCCGAGGGGGCGGGGCUGCCGGGAUGGCUGGGCCCCCGUCGGCUCCUCCGCCGGGCUCGCCCUUGUACCUGCGGAGGCAGGCGCCCUGCCCGCAGUGCUCAUGGGGCAUGGAGGAGAAGGCGGCGGCCAGCGCGGGCUGCCCGGAGCCGCCGGGUCCCCCGAGGGCCGCCGCCGUCCCGUGCUUCGGCGUAUCCGUGGACCAAGACGACAUCCUCCCGGGCGCCCUGCGCCUCAUCCAGGAGCUGCGGCCGCACUGGAAGCCCGAGCAAGUUCGGACCAAGCGCUUCACCGAUGGCAUCACCAACAAGCUGGUGGCCUGCUACGUGGAGGAAGACAUGCAGGACUGUGUGCUGGUACGGGUGUACGGGGAGCGGACGGAGCUGCUGGUGGACCGGGAGAACGAGGUCAGGAACUUCCAGCUGCUGCGAGCACAUGGCUGCGCCCCCCAACUCUACUGCACCUUCCAGAACGGGCUGUGCUACGAGUACAUGCGGGGCGUGGCCCUGGGACCUGAGCACAUCCGCGAGCCCCGGCUCUUCAGGCUAAUCGCCUUAGAAAUGGCGAAGAUUCACACCAUCCACGCCAACGGCAGCCUGCCCAGGCCCACGCUCUGGCACAAGAUGCACAGUUAUUUCACCCUUGUGAAGAGUGAGAUCAACCCCAGCCUGACUGCAGAUGUCCCGAAGGUAGAGGUGUUGGAGCGGGAGCUGGUCUGGCUGAAGGAGCACCUGUCCCAGCUGGACUCCCCUGUGGUCUUUUGUCACAAUGACCUGCUCUGCAAGAAUAUCAUCUAUGACAGCACCAAAGGCCAUGUGCGCUUCAUUGACUAUGAAUAUGCUGGCUACAACUACCAAGCUUUUGACAUCGGCAACCAUUUCAACGAGUUUGCAGGUGUGAGCGAGGUGGACUACAGCCGGUACCCCGCGCGGGAGACCCAGCUGCAGUGGCUGCACUACUACCUGCGGGCCCAGAAGGGCAUGGCCGCGAGCCCCAGGGAGGUGGAGCGGCUCUACGUGCAAGUCAACAAGUUUGCACUGGCGUCUCACUUCAUCUGGGCACUCUGGGCCCUCAUCCAGAACCAGUUCUCCACCAUCGACUUUGAUUUCCUCAGGUACGCAGUGAUCCGAUUCAACCAGUACUUCAAGGUGAAGCCUCAAGUGUCAGCCUUGGAAAUGCCAAAGUGACCGACGUCCCCAUCCCUCCCUUACCUAGCUGCCUGGCCAGAGCUGUUCAACAGGGCUUGGUCUGCUCGGGGUCCAUACCCUUGGACAAGGUGGGAGAGGGACAGGUGGAUGUCCAGGGAGAAGACUCUGCCCCUGCCACCGGCUCCCAGUGGGUGCUGCUGGGGACCACAUUCUCGUGUUUGGAGGAACUGAUAGGACCCAGCUCUGGGGGUCCCCUUCACCUUGCCAGACCGGAGAGGAAGUGUGUGUAGCCAGCCAGGGCACAGGUGACAGCUACCCCUGGGAAGCCCAGCACUCCCCGGCCAUGCUGGAAUCUGAGCUGCCUUAGAUGUACCUUUGACCUUCCUGGCUUGGGGAAAAGCGGCAGGUGGGAGGGCUCCUUUCUACCUCCAAUGCCCUGAGCCUCCAGCCCGUCUCCCCUGCAUGCCCCAUGUGGGAGGUGCAGAGCCCGAACCGGCAUCAUGCCAACUGACGGAUGGAUGUACAUAAUUUGGGGGGACGCAUUCUACAAUUGGGUUUGGCAGCUCUCCCAGCAGCCACCUCAUCUGAGGUCCCUCCGUUUCUGCAGGCCAGACCCAAUGAAAAACCCCUUCCCAGAACUCCCCAAAGACACGUGCCCCCCUCUAGGGCCCUUUUGGGUUAGUCCUGUGUCCCGCCCCUCUGCGACCUGCUGGGAGGGAAGGUGAUGGGGUGGUGACAUCCUGAGCCUCCAAAACUGGGCUCUGCUUCAUGUGUAGCUCGGCCGGAGGGGACUGGGCAAGAGUGGAGUGGGCUGCCAGCAGCCGGCAGCCUCAUCCCCUCCCCUGCCCUCUACACCCUUACCUCAAAGGCUGUCUCUCCAUCUCCACCUGUGUUCUAAAGGUGACCCGAGGCCUUCCCACUAGGGAAUGACUAAUGGCAGUCAAAGGGCAGGGCCCAGGCCCCUGCACAGCUCGCCCGGCGUGCAGGAGCCUGUGUAGAGCGGGUCGUGAAGGUGCUGACUGAGCUCGCUGCCCUGACUCUCUGUGCCUCCACCUCCUUUCUGCCCUCAGCCUCCUGGCUCCAGCUCAUAGUGAUUCAUUUGUACAUUAUUGUGGUUUUCUGCAUUAAAAUGGCCAUUUCUGGACCA